GCUCCGCCCCCCGCGGCUGCUCGCGCGGGCUGGCCGGCCGGCGCGGGGCUGUCAGGAGCCGCCGAGCGCGGACCGCAGCCGCCCUCCUUCUCUCCCUCCCUCCGGCCGUGCGGAGACACUGCGGCGGCCAUGAAGAUCUGGAGCUCGGAGCAUGUGUUCGGGCACCCCUGGGAUACGGUGAUCAAAGCUGCUAUGAGAAAGUACCCCAACCCAAUGAAUCCGUGUGUGGUAGGAGUGGAUGUCCUUGACAGAACCCUGGAUAACCAGGGGAGGUUGCACAGCCACCGUCUCCUCAGCACGGAGUGGGGAUUGCCGAGUAUUGUGAAAGCGAUUUUAGGAACAAGUAGAACUCUGACUUACAUUGAGGAACAUUCUGUGGUAGAUCCAGUGGAAAAAAAGAUGGAGCUUUGCUCAACUAAUAUUACUCUCACAAACUUGGUGUCUGUUGAUGAGAGACUGGUUUACACGCCCCAUCCUGAAAACCCUGAAAAAACUGUGCUAACUCAAGAAGCAAUUAUUACUGUUAAAGGCAUUAGCUUGAGCAGUUAUCUGGAAAGCUUAAUGGCGAACACAAUCUCUUCCAACGCCAGAAAGGGGUGGGAUGCUAUUGAGUGGAUAAUUCAAAAUUCUGAAAGCGCUCUAAGCUAGCAGUGCUCCACAUCUCCAGGUUACUAACUAGUGGGUCGGGAUGCCCUGGAAUGGGUGAUCAGCAAACUAAACACAGAAUUGGAGGAGCUGAAGUCAACACGUGAGGGCAUGAAACCAGCCAUGGCAGCAGCGUCAACAGAAAAAUAAACCCAAAAAUUCCAGGGAAGUGACAGAAGAGUCUUAUUCUCCAGACUGCUUUGUAGAUCUCCCUGCCAAGGCUGAUCUGCACAAGUUUUAUAUAUUUGUAAGAACUUUGGAUCAGCGGAAAAGUAACCUCAUCUGUCAUCUCCACAGCAGCUCCUGUUGCCUACUGAAGACUAAAUUGACCUCCUGCAAAUGCUCUUUUAAUUUAAACCAUUUAUUUUUAACACUGGAAACAAAACAUUUAGCACAUUUAAAACUGCCUAAAUGUGCCUUUCCUAACAAAGAUAGAAAGUAUGUUAUAUUUACAUCAUCUUGGUUUUUUUGUACUCGAACUUGAAAAGAACGCAUGUGUGGUAUUAAGAGUUUUCCACGUGAACAUUCAUUCUGUGAAGGGCUGAAUUUUGUCUGCUUUGUAAUCUGAUAAUGUCUUAAGGCAUUUAAAGGGAACUACUUGAGUCAGAACAUGAUACUGUAGAAUUAGAUACCUAUCGAGAGGAUCAUAUCGAAAAGCUAAAACUUGCGUGGUACUAACUUUUCUUCUCUUGUUUAAAUGUGCUGCCUGAACAUGACACAGAGAUACUUUACCUCUCAGAUGUUUGUAUCCAAACAAAGAUAAAGUUUCUAUUGAUGUUAAUAGCCUAAACCAGUUUUUUGGUGGGGAGAAAGGUAUAAUUUAUUUUCAUAUUUAUUAGCUUGCCCUAGUUCCUCCCCUCCCCAUGAGGAGAGGAGUAGUAAUUCCUGGAAGGUGCUGGAAAAUACUUCUCUUAUUUAUCUCUAAGAAGGGUACUUGAAGGCUACUUGAAUGAAUAGACUGUGCUGUUCCACUGAUCCUUGCUCUUCACAUCCUGUCUUAACUGAGGGAGAGACUGAUGCAAUAACCAGAAGAGCUGAAAUGAGGAAUAAGCAGGAAAUCUGGGAUGGUAAGGUUUUAUGAACAUGCACUUUCCAUGCUCUGAACGGAGAAAACAGGACUAGAAGAAAAACAAAUGGACUCUCCUUUUUGAGUGCUUUUACUAACUACUGACUACCAGUGUAACUGAAUUUUUUCAACACUUUUCCACAUUGGUACAAAAUGAUUUUAGGAUAAUUUUAAAUGCUUCUCAUUAUCUGGAAAAGUAUUCCAGUAACUGCAGAAAUUGCAUGCUAUAAAACAUGCAGAAAUAUAAAAGUACCAGUCCUAACCUUCUCUGAUGUUCACAACAUUUUCAUAUUUGGUCCAGAUGUAGUAUAUGUUUCUUACAGCCUUGUGGUUAGGGCAUUUUAACUUAUUUUUGGUGUUCACGCAAAAAGUGAACUAAGUGUUGCAAGGAUGUUUACUCAUUCAAGUGGCAAGCAUGUGUUUAGGAAGCUGUUAAAGAGCAUGAGUAACUUCUAAAAAAGCUAGAAGAGCAAAGUGUUGGUCACUGUCUUGAUCUGGUAACUUUAAAGUGUCUGUAGCUUAAGGGAAGUUUCAGCGUUCGUAUUCUGGGUAGUUUGAAAGUGAACAUGAAUUUGGGUGUAACUGUAGUCUCACUGAAUUACAGGGUCCUAAUGAAUAAACUUAAUUUAAAUAUAUAUAUAUAUUAGUUCAAAGCUAUGAAAUUAGUAGCUAACAUUUACACUGCUCUUUUUAUAUGGACCGAAGGUCUUUCUUAUUUUGGAACAGAAACUUAGAGCUUAAAGGCUGACAGCAGCUCCUUUCCAGAAGAUACACUGGAUAGCUUUGGUGCAGGUCAGUUGUUGACUGCUUCCCAGAGGAGCCAUGCCACUUCCUGGAUAAGGAAUGCAGAAGAUGUUCUAGCUCCUGGUGGCGUUCAGCUGGGAAGGGAAGUGCAGCUAUGGCAGAGCUCUGCAAACGAAAGGAAAAGAUGAGUAAGUGUCUGUGCAUGUGGAAACCUGUACUGCAGCACUUCCACACAUCCCUACUGGAGAUGAUGAAAGCAUAACUGUUGGGGGGUAGAAAAGCCUUUGGAGAGGUUCAUGUGCUGCUUUGCUUUGGAAGAAGGAUUGUCUAAAGCUGCUUCUUGCAUCAGGUUUGAAAUAGUUACUUAGUGUUGUCUUAAAGCUGAUUUGUGUGUAGCACCUACCAGCACUAGCUGGUAUCCCAGGAAGGCCACCACAGGCUCCUGUGUUCUCUUCAGGGCCAAACUCCUCUGCCGCACCUUGGGUCAGUAUCAGUUAUCCAUCAGUUUUCUGGAUUACAUCCUUUGCACUUUGUUUCCUUCUUCCAGAAACAAAUCCUUACCUGCUUGUGUUGCAGCAUCUCUGCUCUGUUUCAUUCCACACUGAUUUUGGGCUGCUUCCACUCUGCGUUUCGUGCUUCUUGUGAACUCUAGGGUUUGGUGCUUGGGUGUCCAGUCUGUGUGCAGCUCACUUGCUGCGGAUCGCUACCUUGCCUGCUUGUGCUCAGUCCUUUUCUGCUUUUCUCUAGGCUAAAUGGGAGUGGGGAAACUUUGGGCAGGAAAAGGACUAAUUUCCUCCAGAAGCCAGUUCCAUCACGCAGCUGCCUCUCUGCAUUGCUGGGCAGUGCUGCUGCUGCUUCUCGCCUUGUCUUUGGGGUAGGUGACACUCCUGCACCUCCUGUGGCUGCAUGUUUUUCCAGUGUGUACAAAGGACCAGUGCUCACACCUGGGACCAAGCAGGCUCUGGUGUUUAGCAGAUGAAUUGGUUUUUAAUUUCCUAUUAGCUUUCGUGAACACUUCUACUCUCCUGCUUUCUGCCCAUCUAGUUUGCAUAUGGGGCACGCACCCUUCUCCCUUGACCGUGUGACUCUUCUCUAUGGGAUCUGAUAGGAUCUGUACCUGUAUGUUCGGCCCUGCUGUGCAUAACAUGUUUUUGAAGCACUCCAGUUCUGUCACUGUUACAGUCUGAGUUGACCCUUGGGGCAAAAAACCCCCUACCUUUGGAAUUGGUUAUCUUGGUCCAUCCCGAGGGAAACUCCCCCAUCUUUUCUUUAUUUACUGGAAGUGGCUAAAAAAUAUUUCCGAAGUCAGUUUUGUGUCAUGUGCAUUGAUGGAGGUGUCUGUCAAAGCCAGAAAGCUGUAUGUGAGGGGAAGCGCUAGGCUGCUUGUGGGAGUGGGGGGAGGACCAAGCAGAAGGAAGCUCAGCGCAUGUAGCCAUGCUCAUUAAUGGGUGGCACGUGCCAUUUUGAGUAAGAAUUCUGCACUUUGAGGGGUGAAAACAGAGAUUAGUGUGUUGGGGAAGGGAGAUUGCUGCUGCUGUUCAAGCCACUGAGGUUUGCAGUUCGGUGUUUCUCAGCUGUUUGUUAGGUUGCAAUUCCAGGCGGGGGUGUCGAUGCAGGGAGGUGGUUUGAUUUGAAGAAUUUAGUGCCGGCAUAUUGGGCCUCCAGCUUGGUGAGAAGUGGGGCUGCUCACCUUGCCCAGUAACUACAGCUGUGUUGCACAUGCCUGCUGUGGAAGGAUGAAGCUGGAGAAGGAUGACUGCAGGGAAACAGCGAGGGAGCACGGCAAUGGUGGCUCCCAGAGCAUGGCAAACGGGCCUGUUUGUUUGUUAUCACUUGGCCCUGAAGGAUCUUAAGCUGUUGAAGAUACCAGACUUGAGGUAAACUCCAGUUUCUGGUUAAUGUCUGGUUUUCAUGCUAGUGCAGACAGGCUUAUGUUAGCAACAAAAAGCAUUAACUUAAAACAGUGUAAUCAAAUGCUCUUGUGUGUAAUGGGUUUUGUGUAGGUUAUCCAUUUUCUUAUUUUCCUGACUUGUCCUUGUGCCAGUGUAAGUCUUCCAUGCUCCCCCACGCUGCUUUCUUCUUUCCCCCAUCAGGUCAGCAGGCAUGAUGAGGGAAAUAUAUUUACUAGGAAAAGGGGCAAUCCUGGUGUAAGUUGUGGUAUUCUGGAAAGACGCUUAACACAAUGGAAGGCACUGAACUGCAGCACAUAGCGUGUACCAGGAAUUGCUGUAUCUGGUGAUGUAAGAAAGGAGCACUGAGAUGAGCAGUGACAUUCUGUGAUGUGACACUUUUCAUUUACAUCCUCAGGUGGAGCAGUGGGUAACACCGUUCCUGUUCUUGUAUCUUCCUAGAUUGUAAGCUGUGAAGGGCAGGACUCUGUAAAGUGUCUGUGUACACUAUGGUGCUAUCUCAAAUAAAUGACAUCCUCCAUUUAAAAAAACA